UUUACCGUUUAACAACCAAACAGAGAAAAUGUAACGAAAUGGGGCAGGACCUACCUGAUUGUGUCCAAUAGGAACUCUCGUUUGCUUUUUCCUCUUGGAAUGGACGGUUUUUGCAACAACAAAAAAAUGACAGACGAAACGUUUUGCAACAGAAUCGGCGUAAUGGUUAUACCUCAGUAGAAUUCCUAAUCUCGUUAUUGAGGUGAUUUGUCCACGUGAGCUUCCGUACUGUUCAUUCAGCUGAGAGCUGCAAAGAGCGAGUGGAUGGGGGAGGCAGAAAAUGGAAACCGUGGAAAAAUGGAACAAAUGCCUAAUAUCACCUAAGUUAUUGGAUAGAAAAGUAUUUCCCAAACAAAAUGGCAAGACAGGCAUGAUUGUGAAGCAUCUUCACAACACAUUCAGACUUCAACAUAGUUUGCAGAUACAGUCCAUCAGUCGCUCAGAAUGUGCCACUGGCUCCUGUCCAAAUUUGAUGAUGAGUAGGAAUGAGCACCACGAGCCUCGGGCUGUCCCUGUUGCCCUCACCCCCCAGCUUGUCCCAAGGGCCCACCGGCCCCUCUGCCUCUCCGUCUCCUCAGAUAGCAAUGGCCGCUUCAAAGCUCUGGAGACCCAAGAGUGGAAGAACAAUCUCAAAGCCCAGAUGGAGCAGGCCCACAGUGCAGGAGCAGCCAGCAGCACAGGCUCCCUGGAGAGGGCCUCGUUGUUUUGUGCCUCUGGUUCCACCACGGCCUCCAGCUCUGGCCUAUCCAGUCCCGUGGAGAACCUCACCAAGAGCAAGUCCUCCAGCCGCUUCUCCCUAUUUUCCCCUCCCUGGAACAGCAGCUCAGAGUCCGACUCCAACCCCCCCUCCCGCUCCGGCUCCAAGAAGCUGCGUAACUACAGCAUGAGAGCUGCCACAGGUCCGGCCGGGGUGGGGUCAGUGGGCAGGGCGGGUCCACCAGACACCCCAGACACGCCCAAACAGAACGUCCCGGAACACUUCCAGUACUCUGAGCCCGUCAUCUCCAAGGUGACGGACUACAUCUUCGUGGGCAACCUGAACGCAGCGUACAACGGGCGCACGCUGUGUCGCAACAACAUUGACAGCAUCAUCGACAUGAGCAGCAUGCCGGGGGACCCCGGCCCAAGUCUCAGCCUUAUCCCCUGCACCUGCUCCCGAGGAGCCCGCCACAGCUGGUCCCGCCUCAAGGUGGACAUCCGCGAUGUCCCAGACGCGCUGGGCGAGGGAAGCCCCGCCCUGAAGCAGCACUGCUUCGAGGACAUCAACGAGUGCAUCGAGGCUUCCACGGAAAAAAGGAAACGAGUGCUAGUCCACUGCCGUGACGGGUACUCCCUGGCUCCGACCUGUAUCAUCCAGUACCUCAUGGUGAAGCAGAAUAUGCGGCUGAUCUCGGCCUACGAGCUGCUGAGGGCCAAGUACCCCGUUAACAUCAGGGAGUGUCACCAGAAUGUGCUGGUGAGCCUGGAGAGAGCUCUGCGGCCUGGAGGGAACGUGGACCCAGAGUGCUUCAAGCAGGCCAUCUCAAGGAAAGUGGCCUGGACCUGACCUGGCUCCUCCCCCUCCACUCCCCCUGUAGUUUGGCCCUCUUUAUUUUUCUAAUCUAACCGUGGCAUUCAAUGGAUAUUUUUCUAUGGACAAUUUUUGAAAGGCAGCUUUACUUUCUGUCAUAGUCAACUGGAUAUGGAGAUGUUGCCACUAACAGUGAGCUUCAAAAGUAUUGGGACAGUGACACAUUUUUUAUGUUUUGGCUCUGUACUCCAGCACUUUGGAUUUGAAAUGAUAC